AUGAGUUGGUUCAGUAAACUUUUCACGAACACGGCCAAACCAGCAUCAGCAGCGAUGACAUUAUCUCCAAGCACAGUAGGAGCAGCAACUCCGGUCUUUUUCGUUUCCCAUGGUGGUCCCACAUUUAUGUACUCCGACAAAGAGGGAGGCAUAAUGGGAGGUGAUUACGGUGCUUUCAAGACGGUGAGAAAAAUUGGACAGACCAUCUUGCAAGAUAUCAAGCCUAAGUUCAUUGUGUAUGUGAGUGCACACUGGCAAUCCAAAGCGGACAAUUUGAUUGAAGUUUCUGUGCCCAAGAGCUUUGGUAAGUCUGGUUUGGAAAACCCAUUGAUCUACGAUUUCUAUGGUUUCCCUCAAUACAUGUACCAGGAGCAGUUCCACUCUGAAUGUGACAUCUCUGUCGCAAACGACAUCGUGAACACCAUUAACCACUCCAACACGGGGCUCAAGGCGAAGUUAUCCGAACGUGGUAUCGAUCAUGGUGUUUGGGUUCCAUUGAAGAUUGCGUUCCCCAACGAUGAUUUGGUUAAGAACCAGAUCCCAUUGAUCCAGGUCUCUUUGACUCGUAACGAUUACGACUUUGACAGCAACUUCAAGCUAGGAGAACUUCUAGCCGAGUACAGAUCAAAGGGCGGUGUUAUCAUUGCCAGUGGUAUGACUGUGCAUAAUUUGGGGGACAUGCGUAAUCCAGGUCCAAAGCCAUACAACGAAGAAUUCACCAAGUUGUUGAACGAUAUUUUGUUGACCAAGCAACAGAACAAAUUGGGCAAAUUCAAGGCUAUUCUACAGGAUGCCAAGCAAAAGGAAUUGCUUUUGAAGGCUCACCCAUCUCUUGAACACUUUUUGCCCAUUAUCGUUGCUCUGGGUGCCGCAGAACAAAAUGGCGAUGACGUCGAAAAGAUCAAGCAAUUGUACAACAAUUCUGUAGAGAGUCUCGGGUGGGGUAUAUAUCAAUUUGGUGAUCUACUAUGA